AUGCAUAACUCUUCUUCUCCAUCCUUUGAGACGUUUCACGCUUCCUGUCAGUUCCUCGAAUCAGCCGAAUAUCGUAAUCUUACCCUUAAAUGUGCCGCUGAAAUCGCGAGCCUCCCUCGGUCGGACGUAUCAAUGUACGAUGGGAAACUCAAGAUGUUCUUCAUGAGUGUCAUGACAACUAUCAACAAGCUUAUUCUACCAAGCACGGAUAUCGCAUCUGCGUAUGCAAACGCGUCGGAUGCGGGACAGGAAAUGGUCGUCGCUCUAGCGUUGUUCUUAGCAAAUUUCUUUUCGAAGCACUUGCCGAUAAUGGAGGAAGGUGAGUCGCACCGCGAAGCGCUCAUUAACGCUCAUUUCUACCUCAUCAAGAUAUCUCAAGUGGACGAGCGAGAAGUAUUCAAGAUCUGUCUUGAAUACUGGCUGAUACUCCUCGUUGGGUUGUACGACGAAGUAUCUAUGAUACCCAUCGGCACAGAUUUCAGCAGGCUAAAACUGAGGAAAGAUAUAUAUAGGGAAGUCUUGUCGAAUUUAAGGCUCGUGGCUGUGGGGAAGAUGGUCAAACCUGAAGAGGUCUUGGUCGUUGAAAACGAGGAAGGCGAAGUCGUCCGCGAAUACCUGGUAGAAACCGACACCAUUGUCCUGUACAAAUCAAUGCGCGAACUCAUGGUUUACCUUACUCACCUUGAUGUCGUUGAUGUCGAGAUGAUCCUAACGCAGAAGAUGGCAGCUCAAAUUGACGGCAGUGAAUGGAGUUGGGGAAACUUAAACAUAUGUUGGGCUAUUGGGAGUAUAUCAGGUGCGAUGGAAACCGAAAAACGUUUCCUGGUCCUCGUUAUUCGCGAACUUCUGGGACUAGUCGAGCAAAAGCGCGGUAAAGAUAACAAAGCCAUCAUCGCUUCGAAUAUAAUGUACAUCGUGGGCCAAUACCCUCGUUUCCUCAAAGCCCAUUGGAGAUUCCUGAAGACGGUGGUGAAUAAGCUGUUCGAGUUCAUGCAUGAGACGCACGAAGGUGUUCAAGACAUGGCCUGUGACACGUACAUGAAAAUCACUACAACCUGCGGGAGACAGUUUGUCGUUCGACAGUCGGACGAGAAAGAACCUUUCAUCGAUGAGAUUCUGCGGACAAUCAAUAGGAUCACAGUGGAUUUAUCUCCUCAACAGGUACACACAUUUUAUGAAGCAACGGGAGUAAUCGUCGCUGAGGCGUUGAACAGAGCUCAACAAGAGAGGCUAAUAGCUAGUCUCAUGGAAUUACCGAAUGGUGCUUGGGAUACCCUGAUGAUUCAAGCCUCUCAAAAUUCUACCAACUCCGCCAAUACACCUCCCCUACUACAUAACCAGGAGUCCGUCAAGCUUCUCUCGAAUGUCAUUAAAACAAACGUCUCAGCAUGUUCGUCCAUCGGCGGGGAAGCCUACACACCUCAAAUAGCGAGAAUAUUCAAGUUCACGGAUAUGCUAGGAUUGUAUAAAACCAUUAGUGGGAUGAUCAGUGAAGUUAUUGCGAAGGAAGGUGACCUUAUGGCCAAAACUCCGCAAAUCCGUCAACUGCGCGCACUGAAGAAAGAUAUACUUAAACUAAUGCAAACAUACAUCAACACCGUCGUACAGAUCGAGGUCGUCAAUGAGAACUUCAUCCCUCCGCUGUUAGACGCAGUGUUGGGGGAUUAUCAACGAAAUAUAGCGGCGGCUAGGGAUGCGGAGGUGUUGAAUCUAAUGAGCGAUGUCGUCAAGUGUCUUGGUUCUUUAAUCACCCCGCAAGUACCGCCAAUACUUAGUGCUGUCCUCGAGCCAACGCUAGAGAUGAUUACCCAAGAUCUGACAGAGUACCCUGAUCAUCGGCUCUACUUUUUCCGUCUUCUCCGUAUGAUUAUCUUAAAUUGCUUCCCAGCGCUGUUGAGUAUACCUCCCGAGGGAUUCAAGCUCGUUAUGAAUAGUAUCAUCUGGGCGAUGAAGCAUUCUGCAAGAGAUUUGGGUGAUACCGGGUUACACAUGUGCUUUGAAAUCCUCGAAGCAUUUUCCUCAUCCUCCCCAGAAGUUGCGGAAGUUGCACACGCCUUCUACAGCCAGUACUUCCUUGUCAUCGUUCAAGAGAUUUUUUAUGUCAUGACCGACUCAGAACACAAGAGUGGCUUUUCAUUGCAAGCAUCAGUGCUCGCGAGAAUGUUCAAGAUUGUCAAUGAGACUGGAAUGCCGGCGGAGGUCUUAAAUCCUACUGCUAAUGUUAUUACUGGUACUUCUACCUCGAAUAUGACGACGGAGUUCUUCCAGAACUACUGUGUCAAGCUGCUAAGCAGCGCGUUUCCGCAUGUCCAUGGCUCACAUAUCCAGGAGCUAGUGGCGGGCAUGAACAACAACUAUAAUGAUAGUACCCAAUUCAAGGUAGGUUUAAAAGACUUUUUGGUUCAGAUGAAGGAGUUUUCCGCCGAAUCAUGA